AUGGCAAACGAGAAGAUUUCGAAGAAUAUUGACGCUUAUGUGCCAGAUUCUACAGCAUACUACCUUGGCUAUAGCAACGCAGACUACAAGAAGCCAUUCGCAAAAUACUUCGAUUUCAACGUUGAUCCAAUCAGCGAUGAAGUGCAGAAAGGCAUAGUCAGCAGUCCAUGGGGUAGUGGCCUUGGCUACGAGGCAAGUGAGGGGCAUGACUACCUCCUGCGACCGGGCUAUUUGCCGGUCGAGAAUGGAUAUUUGAAGACACCGCAGGGAGCCUGGAUGGUUGCCUGCCGUACAGAUAUGGGACAAGUGACCGGAGAAGCCUAUGACUGGUGGUUUGCAUGGCACUCUGUUGAAUCUGCUCGGUAUAAACUGUGGUAUCCGACCGCCCACCAGUACUCUUGGCGCCAUCCAGAAGCCGUGGAUAUCGCAAACAAGUCCUUUGCAGAGCGAUAUUACAACACAUUUUCUUUCAUCGAUGAAUACAUCGGUGGCGACCACGCCAAAGUCACCGUCGCCUUUAUCGACCCCGCUGAGCUGGGAAUCGACAAGUCCAAGUGGCCAGCGCUAGGCAUUGAGACUAUGAUAGUAGCUCGGGUGGGAAUUGGAGCGCACAUUACGGAGGGAUUUGAUGGAGUCUCCCAUCUUAUUCACCAAAUUCGCCGUAAAGCGGAUGGCACCAGGGAGAUGCGAUCCAGGUUUUGGCUUGGACCAGGCAUCCCUGAAACAAUUGCCCAUGAUAUUUGUGUUCACUGUGGCACUGAAAUGCCUCAUUUGGCCAAAAUCUUGCCACAACUCUUCAAGGAGUUCAGGGACGAGCUCUAG